UAGUGUGUUCCGAGCAGCUUAUGAUCCGUAGACUCUCCCUGCGUCGAAGACAUUGCGCAUGAGGGUGCCACAGACUAUUUCAUGACUCGCGGUGUGGUGGGUCCGGGUCCGGCCUUCCGCAAUGGACAAGAGCCGCGCCAACGCUCUUGUUGUCAUUGAGAAGCAUCGGAAAAGAAAAAACUUACUUCGACGUUCUUAUUUGAAGAAAUUAAAAAGUUGUGCACGUCAAAGCUACAAACCUGAAGAUGUUUUGGCCGCUAUGCGUGCCAUAUGGCGUGGCAUGUCUCGUCGUCAAGCGGCUAAGACUUACAAUAUUCCUCGAUCAACCUUAUUAGAUAAACUUGAUGGGAAAAGGCCUGUAGACGCAUCACCAGGUCCAAAUCCUUUUCUUACGAAAACUGAAGAGCGUACUUUAGAGUCUUGGGCUAUUGAUUUGUAUCAACGAGGGUUUCCUCUUAAGACAGAAGACUUGAAAGACAUGGCUCAAAAUGUUAUACAAAACAAUCAUAGAAGGACAUCUUUCAAGAAUGGACGCCCUGGACGCAGCUGGAUGCGCAAUUUUCUUCUUCGGCAUCCGAGAGUCUAUGAAAUAAGUAACGAUAUGGCCCCAGGCCCCAGAAGGAGUCGGACUGUGACUUCUCGCGAUGAAGUCCGACAAUGGUGCCAGCAACAUAGACAAUUUAUGGCUUCCAUUGGCCAGGAGUCUAUACUGGACUUUCCUGACCGUGUUUUUAAUGUUGACCAUGGUGAAUUCCUCUUUGAUCCUCUGACAGGACAGUUACUUGAACAGGAGCGGAAUGAAAGAAUGGAUGAGAAAGAUAGGCCUGAUCAAUCUGACCGUAUUUCUGCUAGUGUGGAGUGUACAAGCAUAGUAGCCACUUUUUCAGCCUCAGGUGGAAUGGCACCUUUGUUGUUUGUGUAUCCAUCUAAAGAUUUGACUCAAGAAACAACUGAAUCCUUUCCACCAGGCUGCAUAGGGACUUACUCUGAAAAUGGUCUUGUGAAUGGAAAAAUAUUUCUUGAUUACAUUGUGACUUUCCGGAAGUGGCUGCAGCAACAAAAUGUUACCCUCCCAGUUUUACUUCUUGUGGAUGGUAGGCGGAGCCGCCUAAAUAUGGAUGUUACUCGUUACUGUGAAGAACAGGGUAUAAUUUUGUAUUGUUUGUUUCCUACUCCGAGACCAGCAAUCUCAGAGUUUUUCAAUUCUGUACUUCAUGACUCAUCUAAUACAAUUAAUAAGACUAAUUUUGCAACACGAGUGUAUGAUGCCCUCAGCACCUGGAUUAAUUAUGACAAUUCUCAAAGUUUACUUCAUACUCACAGUAUUUUGCCUCAUUUGAAAUCAAUGCUUCAAACUUUAGCAGAAGUUCGUGCAGAGCCUUUGACCAGCACUUCACCACUGGUUCCUCUCAGUUAUAAUGGUCACAAUGGCCUUGAGUUCCAGGCAAACCUUGAUCAAUAUGAAUCUGAUUGUGAAUUUGAUUUUGAGUUGAUGCCAGUGGAAGGAGAGAUUGAAAUUGAAUUUCCCACGUCAGAGAGUUGUGACCCAUACACCUUGGCACUUCAUCCUGCUUUACUGAUAGAUUCAAAUGUUCCAAGGUACUUGGUGUUUGACAAACCACCUGCCCUCCCUACACCUGAACCUGUUGCACAUGAAUCAGUAUCUCCUACGCCAUCAUCACAGAAUCUGGUGAAGGAUACCCCAGAUCCAUGUAAUGACUACUUUGAGGAUCGCGUUGAUCAACCUGAUGUGGAAACCCAUCUUGUAGUAAAACCAUUGUCUAGUCCAUUACCAGAGACAGACAGUGGCAUUGCUAAAGUAGAAUCUGAAAUUUGUGAUGUCCUGAAAACAAUUUUAUCCAUGGAAAUAUCUUGUCAGAUUGACCCUGAAUCUUUAGCUCCUUCAGCAGACUCCUCUGAGGAACCAUUCUUGGGAUUUUCUGCUGAUGAUGCCCCUGAGCAUCGAAGAACCCUGGAUGCUCAUGGCUGUUUACGUUUCCUGGAAACUGUCCUUGUGGAAAAGGGACUUCUUGAUGACUUUAAACUUGCAAGUUUGGACCGGCAGUGGAAUGGCACUCAUGAAGCAAAGGGCCUCUUUGAAGUCUGGCUCGCAGCAAAUGAUGAACUUCAAAAAUGUUAAUAAAAUUCAGCCAUUUUCUAGUCCUGAAAAUGCUGCUAUAUUUCUAAUCCAAGUUAUGUGUUUCAAUUGGUUGCAUGUAUUCAAUACCUGCCUACUUGAAAUGUGCAUUGGUUAUUUGACUUGAA